ACCCGCAGCACAAUGUGCCCUGGGCUCGAUGUUUGUUUGCACAACACGUAUUUCCUUUCCUAAACCUUUGAUUUUCUGGAGGGCCAGAGUCCUUUUGCCCGAAAAUCGAAAGGCAUUGGCUGACAAGUGCAGAGAUAUGUUUGGAAUGUCUAGAAUUUUUUAAUUAAAUGGGAUCCCAGGUGGAUCCUGCAGGCGCACACAGCCCUCCCCCGACCGCCUCCAGUGCACUCUUCCCUUUCUGUGUGGUGGAAUUUAGGUCAGAAACGUAGCACUUUGUUGUCGUUUUACAUGAGGGUCGUGAAAUCUCUUUUUGGGUUACGUUUUGGGAGUGCUCUUUUGGAAGCCGACGAGGAGCUGCGCCUUUCUCCUGAGGACUUGGAAGAAGUUUCUGAGGCGGCUCCUUCUGUAGGAACCGAGCUUGUUUCAUCUUACCGUCCUUUAGGUCACAGCCCUCUAUUGGUCCAUGUUGGUUACGCAGGUUCAGGGAACAAGUUUCCGAGGUUGGAAAGAUGUGACUUCUCUGUUUAAUAAAGAUGAUGAACAACAUCUGCUCGAAAGAUGUAAAUCUCCCAAGUCCAAAGGCACUAACUUACGAUUAAAAGAAGACUUGAAGUCAGAGAAGAAAUCUGGAUUUUGGGACAAUUUGGUUUUAAAACAAAACACACAGUCUAAGAAACCAGAUGAGAUUGAAGGUUGGGAACCUCCAAGGCUUGCUUUCGAAGACAUGGCGGCUGAUUCAGAGGACGCCUCCAGUGACUGCCAGCGCUGGUCAGGCUGGGAGGGUGAUGCAAAGGGUUCCAGCAAGUACACCAGCCUGUCCAGCUCAGCAGCCAGCUCCCGCUGGAGCCUUCGGUCAGCGGGGAAGCUGGUCAGCAUCCGGCGGCAGAGCAAGGGUCACUUGACAGACAGCCAGGAGGAUGUGGAGUGAGCAGGCAAGCUGUGGUGCCAAGUGUGUGCAGACCUCGCACCACUGCAUAAGCUUUUGGGUUUGCUUGGCCUGGUGGCGUCCUGUGCACCCCAUUCAGUUGUCAAAGCUUCCAGUGUUACAGUAGGAACCCAGUGCCUGCAUUUCCCAUCUGAUGCCCUAAUGCACUGAGGGUCCCGGGUGAACACAUACAGGUCUGCAUUUGGUUGCCUUAAGCAGAAUGUCCACCCACUGCAGUCCAUGUUUGCUGAAACUGGACAUGCGAAUUUUUGAUGUCCCACAAUGACCUACAGUUGGCCACAGAGUAUUCCCAUGCUACCCCCAGCUGUAGUUCUGUUUUGGGACCUCUGCAUUCUCCCUUGCACUUGACCCAUGGCCGUCUGUCACACCCUGUGGCAGGUGUGCCAUCCUCUUCUGCCACUGGAGGCAAAAUGAAUCUUUCAAGGGUUAUUUUAUAUUCUGGUUAACUUGAAAGUUAAACUUUUUUCCUACUAAAUUAAAAGGAAAUGUAACAGAUUAAAUACUGGAAAAGCAGAGGUUAUGUUUGAGGGUCAAAUGGCUCCUCACAGGGGCGUCCACCACUGCUGAUGGAGGAGCAGUCUUCCAGGUGCACUUGAUGGUAACCUUGCUUCUUCUGGAUUUUAUUAUUUCCCCUGAACUUCUAAAUACUCAUCUUCAUUUCCUUCAAAAAUUUGCAUUUGGGGUUCAAAGAUUAAAGAAAUGUUAUAAAGUGAAGAUGAAUUUUAGUCACUUAAUAAUUUUGUUUGGAAAAUGUUAACUUGUUGAGUAUAGGGUUGAAACUAUACACUGAAGUGCCUCUUUUCUUCCUAGGUGUUUAGUUUUUUGAAAUGAGAUACUUAUUGUGAUUGAUGUCAGAUUUCUAGGAAGUGUUCACAGAUAGCUUGGGGCUGAUUGGACAGCGUCACGCUCUGCCUGUCUCUGUAGACCUGCUGCUGGGUCCUCUGUGGCCCUGUGUGUCAGCGGCACUGAUUGUGUCUGGCAGGGUGGCUCUUAGCAGCAGGUGGUGCAGAUAUCUACCUUAGGAAAAAGAGGUUUGAUAGAAGAAGUAUAUUUUUACUUAAAAACAAAAGCCUCCAGGUACACUGUAUAUUCCCUUCCUGGGAAAAACAAAACAACACAAAAACAGCAAAAGGAAUGCCCAUCCUUGAGCAUUUCAGUGCUGUUUUAUUUAUGUGGAUGUUCUAUCUGAUGCUUCUGUGGAAUAACUGAAUGAGCCUGAUGGCCGAGCACAGUGCAGUAUGUCAGAGUGCUUAUUUGUACUCUUAGACAAGUUUACUUGAUCAGUCUGUCCAUCUGCCUUCUAUAGCUGGCUAUCCAUCUAUCCUUCUACCCAUCCAUCCAUCUGUCCAUCCAUCCGUCCAUCUACGUUUUUAAAAUAGAAAAAGAAGUUUACUUACCCAAGCCUUGAAAGGGGGUCAUGCUUUAAGUGGCAUUCAAAUAAAAAUUUGUUAGAACUUUGAAAUGGUGAAAAUUUUGUUUAAUAACAGAGAAAAGUUAUAAUUUUUAGUACAGUAAGCUGAGUUGGGAAAUUGUUAGUAUCCUCAGGUACAUAGUUGGAUGGAUGGCUGUGACCCUCCAUGUCCCCAGAGAAACACUGCUGGGAUGGCAUAGACCUGCAGCAUGCCAGGACCCGUGCAAGUAUUUUAUGGCAGUAGCUAGUGUGCGCUUCUUUUUGGGUGUGUAAGGAUGGAUGUAAGAGCUGCACUUGAGACUCUGGCAGUCAUCCAGCCGGCUGCCAUGGCUAUGCCUCUGAUGGAACACUAAGUGCCUGCAGUGCCUCACUGACAUUCUGCUGCACAUGCUAGGGGCCUCCAUGCUGUCCUUCCUCAUAGAUGAAGACUGAGACAGACUGAUAUUGGCAUAUGCACUGUGAAAUGAAUUUAUCUACAAAGAUUAGUGAAAAAAUUAUUUUUCUUCUAUUAUAUCUGGUUUUUAGUGUAAAUAUUUAUUGGUGUGCUUUAGGGGGAAAUGCUUCUUGAAAGGACUUAUCAAAGUGAAUCUGGUGUUUACACAGUGAGCAGACUGGGCCAGAGAGCAGAGAGGGCUGUGACUCUGGGAAAUGGUGAGGACGUGCAGGCCUGGCCAUCUGUGCCCUGCAGUGUUCUGUGGUUUCUAACAGAAUGUGACUGACUUCAGGGAGGGAAGGUUCCACCUUAAUGCUGCGAUUUUUAAAAAUAAAAGUACUGUUUGUCUUCUUC